AGGGUAGGAAAGCAGCUGAGCGGAAAAGACGUCGUCAAAGGCAGCGGGUUGUCCCGUCACUUCAAUGCUCAAGUGCGUUGGGAGCAUUUUCGCCCGGGCAACCAAAUCGUCACUGAUCUCAUCAUCCUUAUCAUCCUCAUCAGCAGCAGGUCCUGGUUGGUGCAAUGUGUGGUGCGUCCUCCUCACGCAGACAAGAACAUACUUCUUCGAAUCAGCGUGAGAUGGAAAAAGAGCUCACCAUGGUUGAGGCGAUGUUGGCAUGUGUGUGUGUGCGCGUCUGUGCUGCCAGGAAGCACAUCAUCCCCCAUCCGAACAAGAAGCUCAAGGGCGGGGAAGAUGCAGCCUUCUGCGGAUACAGGUCAGAUAGAUGGACGGAUGAAAGGCAUGCAGCCCGCACCACCACAACGUGUUGUUGUGGCUGUGCUGUUGCUGCUGUGGUGAUGUGUGUAGGUAUUUGGGCGUGGCGGAUGGCGUGGGUGGGUGGGACUCGGUGGGCGUGGACGCUGGACAGUACUCAAAGGAACUGCUGCAGAGGUAUCAAGGGAGGAAGGAAGGCACACACACAGAAUGACACACAAGCGUGCCUUUGACCUGCUCUUUGUCUGUCUGGUGUGUAGGGUUGAGGAGGCGUUGCGUGAGCACGGGAGGCGUUCCCGCUUCACCCCCUCCCCUCUCGAGAUACUCAAGGCGGCAUACCACAAGACACAGGCCAUAGGAUCAUCGUAAGCACCAUUACAUGACAGACAGACAGACAGCCAGGCAACAUUAUUCUAUUAAUGUCUGUCUGUCUGUCUGUCUGUGUGUGUGGAUGCUGUUCAGUACGUGUUGUUUGGUGUUUCUUGACCACUACAGCCGGUCCGUCCGCACCGCCAACCUGGGCGACUCGGGGUUCCUCCUGUUCAGGUCGACGACCACUGGACUUCUUUGGCCUCCUUCCAUCCAUCUAUCCAUCUAUCCAUCCAUCCAUCCACUUGUUGAUUCGAUUCAUCUGCUUGUGUCGUGUCGGUCGUGUGUGCAGGCCGUCGGUGCAUGAGGUGGUGUUGAAGUCAGAGUUUCAGUGCCACGACUUCAACUUCCCUGUACAGCUCGGUCGGUACACGCUCUCUUCUUUGCCGUGCAUCCGGGAUGAGAGUGUGCGCAUCAUUCGUUUACUCUCAGGCACGGGCUCCUCUGACCUGCCGGAACACGCAGACGUCACGGUACGAUGAUGCUCGCUCGGGCGGCAAUGCGACACCCACUUAGUUAUUCGUGUGUGUGUCACGGUUCGUUGAGGCAGGAGGCGCCCACUCAGCCGGGCGAUUGGGUGUUGCUUGCGUCGGAUGGUGUGUGGGACAACCUGUAUGACGACGACAUACUGCGCGUCCUCGAGAGGGCCCCCAACCCCGUGGUGAGUGAGUGGCAAGUCACGUGAGGCAGGCGGAGCGGGCGGGGGUCAGCCAAGGGAGGGGAGAGAGACAGACAGAGAGGGUGUGAUGCAGCCAAUGUUGACCAUCAAAUGCUGAUGUAGCUACUGCUGGCUGAUGGAGACAACCAUUCUUUUACCUGAUAGCUGACCCCACACACCACACCACACCACACCACACACCCACGUCUGAUGUCUAUGUCGUAUGUAUGAGUGUUGGUAUGUCCGUCGAUGUGCUAUCCUCUGGUCUCUCUGUGUGCUGUCCAUCAGUUGGCCGCCGAGGAGAUCGCCAAGGCCGCCUACAACCACUCACUCGACACGUAAACACACGCCAUCCAGCACACGACGGAAGGUUGAUGGACUGCCCUUUGGGAGUGUGUGUCUUUGUGUGCAGCAAGCGUCGUUCGCCCUUCACUGAGCGCGAGAGGAGUCACAGCAUGCAGAACAACACCACCGGCGGCAAACCCGACGACAUCUCCGUCGUCGCUGCCAAAGUCAAGUGUGUAUACACCCAGACACGCACACCACACAAAGGCAGCCCAUACACCACACAUACUCACACACGUCGCAUCGCGUAUGUAUGUCUCCGUCUAACCCAUCUGUGCAGGGAUCCUUACCAGAUGCGCCGUGAGGAUGUGCCCGACGAGGUGGCCCAGCUGAUGGGGCUCGACGCCAAGGCAGCCCAGGACGGGCAGGAGCAGGAGGCCAAGCGGGGGUUCCACAGAGAGCUCAAGAAGAUGAAGAAGCACAACCGGGCAGAGGAGUGGCGGGCGGUGAUGCGCGGGGAACACUCGUCAUAGGCAUGAUAGCGGAGUAGGGAGCUGGACGAGAGGAAGAGGAACAGAGAGGGAGAAAGAGGGAGAAAGAGGGAGGGAGGGAGGGAGGGAGGGGGUUUGUCUGUCUGUCUUUCUGUCUGAUGGAGACUUCUGCCAACGCAGGGAUGACGAGUUUUUUGCCUCCUCAUGCAGUGCAUGGCUCCAGAUGGCUGGCUCAAUGGGGUGACUGACGGUACGUGAUGGAGGGAUGCGCCUGUGGGUGUGCGCGUGUGUGGUGUGUGACUGCACUCUACUGCACUGCCAAAGGGACUCUGGCAUGUCAGACGUGUCAAUUAACUGCUUGUGAGGGUC